CACGAAUGGCGGUAUCGUUGCUGGCAAACUUAUGCAACAGCAGUGGAUUAGAGCAGCUCUGCCAAACACCGGAGCCGUUAAAGUUCUACUAUCACAGCAACAACAGCAACAGUGAUCAUCAGCAUCAACAUCAGCAGCAGCAGCAGCAGCAGAUCAACAACCUGGGUGUUGAGCCGGACGAAGGUGACGAAGAACAAAUGGAAUACGCCAAUUCCUUCUACCAGCAUCAGCAGCAGCAACAACAGAAUCAGCAGGAUUUUGAAGAGAUUUCGCAAAACUACAACCUCGACAACGACGACAACUACAGCGGAUCCCCGAACAACUUCCAGGACUACCGCAACAACUUUGUAGACUCACCGCCGGACUCGAAGGAAGCUUGGCCCGUCGAGUACAGCAAGAUGCAGUCGGGACUGGUUCCAGCCUCGACGAACAACAGCAACAACGCCGGACCCAACAACAGCACCAGCAAUGCCAACAGCGCCGUAGCAGCCGUGGCCGCCGCAGCCGCAGCUGUUGCCGCCGCCCAGCAGCAAGAAGGUGGAGCACCUUACAGUGGGGUGGUCAUGCCAACGCGUAAGCGACGUAUCGAGUGGAUGUCUGCCCACCACCAGGAUCAGGAGGAAAACGACAGUUCCGAGCCCAAGAUUGCCAGCACCGAUAAGGAGCGCGAAACGCGACGCAAAGGUUCCAUGCGCUGGCCCGAAGAACUGGAUCUGGAUCUGAGCAACGAACUUUCCGGCAAUGGAUACGACUCGUUGCUGAACUUCCCUGUCUUCAAACAAGAAUUGCCCUCACCGCCACAAAAACCUGGCCAUGAAGUCAUCAAAAGUUUGAAAAACGCUGCUGGAUCAAGUUCGAUGAAUCACCAUCAUCACCAUCAGCAACAGCAGCAGCAACAGCAACAGUUGCAGAACCAAGAUCAACAGCAACAGCAUCACAACCAGUCGGGAUCACAGUCCAAUUUGGGUGGAAACGGAAAUGUUGGCAACGGAGGCAAUGUCCAGCAAAAUUCGGUCGGAAACGGCCUGGUGGGCGGAUUGGGCGGUGAAGCAGCGGGCAACGUGGCUGCGUUGCAGAAUUUCAUGCAUGCUAAUCGAUACGAUAGUUCAGGUAACAUCAACCAGGCCAGCGACGGCGUUCAACGGCCAGAGCAUAUUCACAACGAUAACAGAUUCCAGUACGUCCUGGCGGCCGCCACCUCGAUCGCGACCAAGAACAACGAAGAAUCUCUCACCUACCUGAACCAGGGCCAAAGUUACGAGAUUAAGCUGAAAAAGCUGGGCGACCUGUCGCCCUUCCGGGGGAAGAUACUGAAGAGUAUUAUCAAAAUCUGCUUCCACGAGCGCCGCCUGCAGUACAUGGAACGAGAGCAGAUGCAACUCUGGCAGGCCUCUCGGCCGGGCGAGCGUAUUUUGGACGUCGAUAUUCCGCUUUCGUACGGAUUGAUUCAGGUGCAACCGAACAGUAGCAGUCUUUUGAACACGAUGGAAGUUUACUGGGACCCGAUGAAGGAGGUCGGAGUGUACAUCAAGGUGAACUGUAUUUCAACCGAGUUUACGCCGAAAAAGCACGGCGGAGAAAAGGGCGUCCCGUUCCGCAUUCAGGUGGAAACCUUUCUGGACAGCACGCUGAACGAUACCAGCGGCAACAGUUCCGGCGGACUGGACAGCCCGGUCAGACCCCUGCACGCGGCGGCCUGCCAAAUUAAGGUUUUCAAACUCAAGGGAGCCGACCGCAAGCACAAACAGGAUCGUGAAAAGAUCCUCAAGCGUCCGCCGGCGGAACAGGAAAAGUUCCAGCGCAGCUGCGAGUGUACGAUUCUGACGGACAUCACCACGGAGUCGAUGCUGACUCCGCUGGUCGGCAGUUACAGCCCGGAGCACAUCAAGCGCAAUAUAUCGCCGAUACUUGUGGCCACCACCCCCACGUCCCCGGUGCACAUCAACAAAUUCGAGAACAUCAUGUCCUCGUUCGGAGCCAGCGUGACCGGCACCGGUGCCAACCCCCCCAAAUCAGUGUCGAUGGCAACGGUAGCCGCGGUCGCUGCUGCCGCCGCCGUCAGCAGCAAUCCGAUCGGCAUCAGCAACGUUUCGUCCACCAACGGGCUGUGCAAGCUGAUGGACCAGAACGCGCUGUCGCCGACGACGCAGAACAGCGUCGAGAUGGACGACUUUGUGCCGGCAAUUACGAAGGAGUCGGGUCCGGCCAUGCUUACCCAGUGGUUGAACUAUCACCGGCUGGGCGCGUACUCGAAGACGUUUUCGCAGUUUUCGGGGUCGGAUUUGCUGCGAAUGUCCAAGGAUGAUUUAUGCAAGAUUUGCGGCUUAGCCGACGGGAUUCGUAUGUUCAACAUAUUGCAUUCCAAGGCCAUCGCUCCACGUUUGACGAUUUACGUAUGCUUCGAGGGAACCAUGUACCACGCCAUAUAUUUGCACGGCAACACCAUCUCGGAAUUGGUCCACAAGCUGCAGAAGAUUCCCGGCUUCACGGACGUCCUACAGGGUAUGAAUUCGUCCGAAAACAGCAACAGUCCGUGGCUGGGCAACUAUCAGCGUGCGAUGAAGAGCUCGGCCGCCGCCGCAGCCGCUGGUUCCGGCGGGCCAAAAUAUUCGGGCGGUGUGACCAUCAGCGAUGCGCACACGUCCAUUCCGUCGCCAUCGUCGCCCAUUUCGUCGUCGUCGAUGCCACCGCGGAUAAAUCUGCUCGUCAACGGGCCGAACGGGGUGCACGUGCUGCUGACGGAGGACGUUCUGAACAACAUCAAGGACGAGAGUCUGUUCCAGCUGGAGGUCAAACCGAACGGAAACGUGCUGAUGAAGGCUGUCGCGGCCGUCGGGACUUCCGGGGGUGGCGGAGAAAACGAUAUGAAUUAAGAAGCUCUGUGUUUUGUCCGCGCGCAAAGAAGGCAAAUAUAGUGGCAUUUUUUUUUUUUUGGAAAAUUCUCAACCGUUCUCUCUGACAGUGUCGGCGUCAUGUUAUUAUCUUUUUUUUUUUGUUAUUCUACCAUUAGCUCCAUUCAUUGUGUUUGAUGUUCGGUGUCGGAUGUACUUCAUUUUUUGUCUGUUUUAAUAAAAUCUUUAUAACUUUUGUUAAAUUCGUUCUGAAACUCAAUUGAACGCACGGUUAAACGCUGCUUGGUCGAUUCGCGAUGAUUGUUUGUGAGUGCCGUUGGAAAUGUUGAGCUACUGUUUUGAGACUGAGCAGCUUUAACUUUUUAGAUUUAAGGAAAACGAGCAACGCCAUAAAAUUUGCUGAAGCGAAAAAGUGAGCGUGAAAUUAUAUUUCGAAACCAUAGAACACCUCUCCUGUGGCAAUCAAUGAUCAGGGUUAAAAUGUUAAAUUGUGGCAUUUAUGUGCAUGUAGAGAACGUUGAAUUUGUUGUUAAAGAUAUGAUCAAGGCGUGGGCGGAAUAAAUCAAGAGAUUUCUUGCAAGUACAAAAACUAACCCCUUAAACAAUGCUUAUUUGUGCAAGAGAACACGACGAUAUGUGCCUUACAUUGAUAGCUGUUAAACGUAAUCAUCACUUCUUGGAGAGCAAGAAAGAAACUAAAUUAAAAAAUCGCUCAAAAUAGCGAACUAAAAAAAAAGAAUAGAUUAGCUCACACUGUCAAUCACUUAAGAAACCUCAUCGAAACUCCUUGGAAAA